CUCCUCAGCUGUGGGCACCUCCCUGGCCGCUCCCGUGGGGCGGGAUGGGACCCGCCGGAGGGUCUCGCCUCUGCCGAGCCGGGGCCUGGGGAGCAGGGGGGUGUCGGACCCGGCGUGCCCACCCCGCUGUUGGUACCUGCACACAGGUGCUGGCGCCCCGCGAGAGCGGGUCGGCCCCGCUGCAGUGGGGUUCAGCCUCUGAACAGCUCCCAGCGGGGCCAGCGAUGUCAAGGCUGUGUCACGGCUGCCGGCAGCGUGCUGACCUGCAGGCUCUGGAGCAGCCCGACAUAACCCAUUAGUCAUUUUUAAAACGAGUCACUUGCAAACAGAGCAUUUCUAAACAGAAACUCUGCUCGGGGCUGAUGGCCUGUGCCGGGAGGGGCUUUGGUGACAGUGACUGUCUUAAACAUCCCUCAGGAAGGUUUGGGAAAGGAGCAAGAUGUUGAACAGCUCACCUGCUCCCGGGGCAGGAUUUCCCCUAAGCCAUGGGCUACGGGGACCUGUGCUGCAGUUCCUGUUUGUCUCUUCUGACAUUUGCAUUUUGGUCUUUGCUUUAGAACUACUGGGUCACACACUGCUCCUCAAAUAACCCAUCAGGUUAACUCAGCUGUGCUUGGUUUGAGGUGUUUCUGUGCAGGGAAGUGAAAUUUGUGAGCCUUUUGUGCAGAAAGUGCAGAAACCCACAGCAGAAGUUUCUACUUCAGGCUUUGUGGUAAGCACUGUUUGAAAGGGCUGCAAAAAGAGGAGAAUCAAGGUUGAACAGGGCCCCCCGAGGUUAAAGCAGAAAGCAGCAUUUGGCCUGGAAGGAGUAGAGUGCUGAUCUGAGCUGUGCCACACGCUCCUGCUUCAAUGGGUUGGAGAUGUCAUCACGAAGCAGCACUACUCAUCCACACCCUUCCCAGGAAUGUUGGUAGCAGGUGGAAGCAAGCUCCGUGGCUUUUCAUACCAGGCUGUUACCAGCUGGCUCACUUUCCUGGUUAGUAGAUUCAGUGACUGAUACACUGGAGGAAGGUGUUCCUGGGCAGUACUGGAGACAGAGCAGAUUGCCUUGGUACCCUGCCUCUCCGUCCUGCUGCAAUGAGUGGGAAGUCCUUGCUCCUAAAGGUCAUUCUCCUCGGAGAUGGUGGAGUUGGGAAGAGCUCCCUCAUGAAUCGGUACGUCACCAACAAGUUUGACUCGCAGGCAUUCCACACGAUUGGGGUGGAGUUCUUGAACCGGGACCUGGAGGUGGAUGGGCGUUUUGUGACCCUCCAGAUCUGGGACACUGCAGGACAGGAGAGGUUCAAGAGCCUGCGGACGCCCUUUUACCGGGGAGCAGACUGCUGCCUGCUGACCUUCAGUGUGGAUGACCGGCAGAGCUUUGAGAACCUCAGUAACUGGCAGAAGGAGUUUAUCUAUUAUGCUGAUGUGAAGGACCCUGAACACUUCCCAUUUGUAGUCCUGGGUAACAAGAUAGACAAACUGGAGAGACAGGUGAGCACAGAGGAGGCCCGGGCCUGGUGCAUGGAAAACGGUAACUAUCCGUACCUGGAGACUAGUGCCAAGGAUGACACCAAUGUGACAGUGGCCUUUGAGGAAGCUGUGCGGCAGGUGUUGGCAGUGGAGGAGCAGCUGGAGCACUGCAUGCUGGGCCACACCAUUGACUUGAACUCCAGCUCCAAAUCGGGCUCUUCCUGUUGUUGAGAGUGGCUGCUGCUUUGGGAGUGGCGCUCGAGCCAGCGGCUGGAUCAGAACACACCUGGGCAGCCCUGGGGCACUCUGAGGAGAGGGGCCACAAGGACAAGAGGCGGUUUGCUCACUGGGGAGCUGCAGCCUCACCAUCUGAAUCCUGCCCAGAGUUUUCAGGCACAGAGCAUGUAUCUGCAGGAGGGAGCUGUUAACAGAGUAUGUGAGCAUAGUCUUGCUUCCAUCUCUGCCUGUUAUAGCAGGUUUAAAGGGCUGAGCUAAAGUCCUUUAAAUUCCCUAAAGACAACAGGGAUUUGUUCUGUACCAAGAACUGUCUGCAGAGCAAAGCUGGGAGCAUCCUAGACACUGAAGUAAUUUUGUCCUGAACUAAAAAAAAUAUUAGACCUACUCAUGACCAUACUGCCAAAGGAAAUCCCACUCAGCGUACUGAACGAAACCUGUCAUAAAAACUAUGGCCCGUGUUUCCAUGAGAAAGCCAAAUAUUGGAGUGGCUGGGAUGUGUGUCUGUUGUUUGGGAUAAGUGCAUUGUGUCCUGAGGCUGAAUUGUGGGGAGAGCUCUGACCUGAAGCAACAUAUGAAGGAGAGAUGUUUGAAUGUGACAGCAUUGUUUCUUCAUAGCUGCCUAUUUCUGGUCUGUUUUUCCUCACCUCUAACUUUGUCUUGUGUGAGUGUCAUUUUUUGGAGAGACUGUAUCUGCUUGUUGUUUAAUACAUGUUUCCUUGUCUCUUGUGGAAGCUCAGCCUUUAAGCCCUGGGUGAAAAACACUGAUGUGCAUGCUCACUGGGUCAUGUCAAAGGGUUACUCAGGAGAUCGGGAGUGUGACACUUCAGCUGGUUUGUGUCACGAGUAAUCACCGUGUUCAGGUGAUGUGCUGCGGCAGACCAGAUGGCAGGUGGGUGGGCUGUCUCCUAGGCGUGCAGGUGGUUGUGGGACUCAUGCAUGGUCAGCUGUUAAACCCACUCGUUGUCUGGCACCAGUGACCACUGUGCCUCAUUGGCUGGCAGAGCCCUGCCUUCGCUUGCUCUAGUGUGGCUGUUCCCAUCUGAGUGCUGCAGCGUGGAACUGUUCACGUGUUGUCAGGCACUGUGCUGCUGAGCACAGCUAGCCCAUGCCAUCAGCCUAGCCCUCAGUCCCUCACAGGAAAAUCCAGGAUGGAUUACAUGGAUCUGUAAUUCUGAUGACAGACUGGUCAAGUGUCUGCUCAGUUAACUCACUGCUGUGUUCAGUCCAGUGGGGAGAAAGCUGCACCACUUUCCCUGUUCAAGGUGGCUGAAACAUGGGCAUAGGGGGCCCAGGGAACCUUCUGGAAGGGAUGCCAGGCUUUGCUCCCAUUUCCUGCCCUCUGCUAGGUGUUAGUCCCAGGCUGGCUGUGUAGCUGAGAUGAGCUUUCUGGCUGCUGUCUUUGCCAUUCAAACCUCGUGCCCUGCAACCUCCCGUGCGAGCAUUUGGCCAAAGCUGUGACUGCCCUCAGGCACGUAGGAGCCUGCCCCGAGCACGUUUCCACUGGCUGCCGGCUGUGAUUCCCACUGUGAUCAGCUGCUGGAUGGUAAAUUUUGUAGCUCAAAUCAAGCAACCCUCCCUUAAGCUGUGCUUUAGAGCAGGGCAGUCUCUGCCCUGUGCAGGCAGCUUGUCCCCAUCACGGCACAAUCUCAGCAUGCAGAACCUGAACAUUCCCCCAUUUCCUCUGGGGUAACCAGGGAGAUCUUGCCCUUCUCUGCAGGGCAGCUGUGUGUGGAAGGGGCUGGAGUAUUAGUGGUUUAGGGGGAUCUAAUUUCUAAAUAGGCCUGAACAGUUGUAUUCAUGGGGAGUGAAUGCUAUCUUGCAGUCUCUGGAAAAACAGGUCCCUUAAGGGAGAAGGUUCUGCCUCUGUAGGUGAAAGAGAUUUUUACAAGAUGUUAUUGUUACUGUUUAUUUAACCAUGUCUGACCUCCUGAGGCCUCUAGAUUUUUCUUCAUUAGCACUGCUGGAUAUUUCCUUCAAGGUCCCAGGCUCUGUGACCUGUGGUUCCAGUUUCCAUCCCUGAACAGCCUCAUUCCCUGGAGCUGGUUUGCACAGGGGUUCAGAGUCAGAACAGACUCGAGCCCCCGUGUGCUGGCCAGCCCUGCUGGGGGACUGCUAAAAGAGCUCUCUGCAGGUGAAACUGCCACUUCUGGGAUCAGUGAGGACUGGCACCUCGUAUGGAAGAGGGCAGAGAUUCAGAAUGCCACAGGGCAGGAAGCACAUGUGCAGCUGUUUGCAGCACCCUGUGUGUCUCAAUGCUGGUAGCUAAAGCUCAAGAGCUUCGUUGUGCACGUGUUACACAGCACCUUUUAUUUCUAACAGACAUUGGACCAUUUUAUAUUAAAAUCUCCCUAUUAUAUUAGGCUUACAUGGGAUUUUUUUUAAAGGUAGAGUAUAAUAUAUUUCAGUUGUUUAAUUUAUUUUUAAUGAAACGCACAAUUCCCAAAGGAACCAGGAUUUUGAACUCUGUUGUAAGUUCAGUGCCAACAGCCUUCCCUUCCCGUGUCCGCUCGUGCUGCUGCUGUUGUUGCUAUUGCUACAGAACUGGAAUUGUAAACCCAAGAUUCUACCUUUAUUUAAGCAAAUAAACAUGGAUGUAUUCAAGUGA